AUGCGCCCAAUUUUGGGGAAGUCCUUCCCGUGCCCCCCUCAGAAGCUUCAUAUUUGCCUUUCAGGGUGCUUCACCACGUCAGAGGCUCCAAAGCAACAGGCCGUGAUGGGGAAGCGCCAGAGGGUCGUCCCUGCCAUGCUGAGGCGGGUCCGAGACUUGCUGAGCCGCUACUGUUGGGGUGCAGGCCUUCCAGCCUCACAGACGGGGCUCUGCCCACAGAGUUCGAUGGCUGUGGCGGCGCCAAGGCGCCAGGCUGAGGAUAUGGACUUUGAAGACGUGGCCAUUGCCUUCUCCCAGGAGGAGUGGGGGCUCCUUGAUGAGGCUCAGAGACUGCUGUACUGCAAGGUGAUGCUGGAGAACUUUGCACUUGUAGCAUCUGUUGGUUGUUGGCAUAAAAGUGAAGAUGAGGAGACCUCUUCCAAGCAGAGUGUAUCUGUAACAGCAGAGUCACUGGUCAAGGCUUCUAAGAUAGCUCUACCAACCCAGAAGACCCAUCUUUGUGACCGGUGUGUCUCAGUCUUAAAAGCUAUUCUGCACCUGACUGAGUCACAGGCAGCAGACUUUGAGCACAAAGCCUUCUUCAGUGACGCAUAUGUGAGAGACUUCUGUUUCAGUGCGAACCCUCACCAGCAACAGAGGGAAGCCAGUAGAGAGAAGCCCUGGAAGGAAGCUCUGGACUGGGCCUCGUUGCUGACCAGGUGCAGCUUCUAUGCAUCACAGAAGCCUUUCACGUAUAGGGAGGUGGAGGAGGAUUUCCCAGCCAUCUCAGGCCUUCUUCAGCACCAGGGCACUCUUCACACUGAGCAGUCACACAGUGGUCCUGAGAGUGGGCAGGCUGUUCUUAGUGGAAAACAUCAUCACGAGUGGGGUGAGUGUAAAACGGCCAUCUUCCACAACCAGAACCUUGUUCAACAGCAGAGCGACUGCCCUGGAAAAGGGCGUUUUGAGUGUCGCAAAUGUGGGAAGGCCUUUCGCCAAAAGUUUAACCUCAUUCGUCAUAGGAGACUUCACACUGGACAGAAGCCUUAUGAGUGUGGUGAUUGUCCGAAAUCCUUUAGCCAAAGCUCUAGCUUCAUUCAGUACAAGAGAGUACACACUGGAGAAAAGUCAUAUGAGUGUAGUGAUUGUGGGAUGUCCUUCAGCCAUAGGUCUAAGCUCAUUGAACACCACAGAGGUCACACAGGUGAAAGGCCUUAUGAGUGUCGUGAAUGUGGGAAGGUUUUUAGACGCAAAGAUUACCUCCAUAACCACGAGAGAGUUCACACUGGAGACAAGCCGUAUGAGUGUAGUGAUUGUGGGAGAUGCUUUCGCUAUCAAAAUGGACUCAUUCAACAUGAGAGGAUUCACACUGGAGAAAAGCCAUAUGAGUACAGCUAUUGUGGAAAGUCCUUCAGCCAGAGCUCAACACUCAUUGAACACCACCGAGGUCACACUGGGGAAAAGCCUUAUGAGUGUAGUGUUUGUGGGACAUCUUUCAGCAGAAGGUCUGCCUUCACUCGACAUCAAAGAAUUCACACUGGAGAAAAGCCAUAUGAGUGUAGUGAUUGUGGGAAAUGCUUUAGCUAUAACAGUGGACUCGUUCAACAUCAGAAAAUUCACACUGGAGAAAAGCCAUAUGAAUGUAGUGAUUGUGGAAUGUUCUUCAGCCAUAGGUCUAAGCUCAUGGAACAUCAGAAAAUUCACACUGGAGAAAAGCCUUAUGAGUGUAGUGAAUGUGGGAAGUGUUUUAGACGCAAAGCUAACCUCCGUAUUCACCAGAGAGUUCACACUGGAGAAAAGCCUUAUAAGUGCAGUGAAUGUGGGAAAACCUUUGGACAAAACUGUAACCUCCUCCAACAUAUGAAAGCUCACACUGGAGAAAAGCCAUAUCAGUGUACUGAUUGUGGGAAGUCCUUCAGCCGUAAAUCUAUCCUCAUUGAUCACCAGCGAUGUCACACUGGAGAAAAGCCUUUUGAGUGCAGUGUUUGUGGGAAAUGCUUUCGACUACGCAGCAGCCUUAGUUAUCACCAUCACGUUCAUUCUGGGAAAAAAGCCUUAUGACUGGUGAAUGUGGGAAUUCCUAUAGCAAUACUUGUGGCCUCGUUCUUCACCAGAUAGUUCACCACACCGGAGAAAAACCGAAUGAAUGUUGUGACUGUGGAAAAUGCUUUAGUUACAAACAUAGACUCAUUCAACAUCAAAGAACUCACAGUGAAGAAAAGCCAUAUGAGUAUAGUUAUUGUCAAAAGUCAUUCACACAAAGGUCUCAGCUCAGUAAACACUGCAAAGGUCACACUGGUGAAAGGCCUUAUGUGUGUAGUGUUUGUGGGAAGUCCUUCGUGACAACCUCUCUCCUCAUUGAACACCAGUGAUGUCACACUCGAGAAAAGCCGUGUGAGUGUAGUGAAUGUGGGAAGUUUUGUGUGUGUUUUUAAAAUAUAUAAUUUUAUUGAUUUUAGGGGGGAACA